UGGGGACUGCAGCGGGAUAGUUCUCCACUUCCGGAGUUAGCUCAGUGUAACGUAAAUAAACGCGUAGCAGUGACAUUGAAACACAUUUGUACAGUUCCGGCUGGUUCGUCUCAGCUCGUGUGUAUUUAACGGUUUGUUCUUCAGCCCGUGAAACACACAACAACACCGCGGUCGAGCGGGAAGCGGAGUUGUCCACAGGAUGGCGUUUCCCCGUGUGCGUCCGAGCUGUCGACACUUGGCCGCGGGGCUUCGGCUCUGCGGUUAUGCGACCGUCAGUAAAGCCUCCGGUCCUCGGGAGAAGAGCAGCAGUGAUCCGGUGUUCCAGUACGUCGGCCGGCACAGGAAACCCAACCACAAGGUGUUCGUGUGGGGCUUCAGCUUCACCGGGGCCCUGGGCCUCCCCAGCUUCGUGGUGCCGGACAGCGGCAGUAAGAAGCCCAGGAAGUACCAGCUCACCCCUUACCGCCUGGAGACGGCAGCGCAGAUCUCUUCUGCCGCCUGCGGCUACGGCUUCACUCUCAUCUCCUCCUCCACCAAGGACGCGUCCAAGCUGUGGGCCAUGGGCCUGAACAAGGACUCUCAGCUGGGCUUCCAGCGCACGCAGGACAGCCGCCAUAAGAGUUACGACUACGUGUUGGAGCCGUCGCCGGUGGCUCUGCCUCUCGCCGAGCCUCUGCAGACCCGAGUGGUUCAGGUGGCGUGUGGCCGGGCUCACUCCCUGGUGCUCACCGAUCGAGAGGGAGUUUUCAGUAUGGGCAACAACGCGUACGGUCAGUGUGGGAGGCGGAUAGUGGAAGACGAAGUCUACAGCGGCAGUCACAUGAUUCACAGGAUCCGAGGCUUCGACAGCAGCGUCGUCCAGGUGGCGUGCGGGCAGGACCACAGCCUCUUCCUCACCGAGACGGGGAAAGUGUUUGCGUGUGGAUGGGGCGCAGACGGACAGACGGGUCUGGGUCACCACGCCGUCAGCUCCAGUGCGGUGGAAGUGGGCGGCGACCUGGCCGGCGUGCAGGUGCAGCAGGUCAACACGUACGGAGACUGCAGCCUGGCCGUGUCCACGGACGGGCAGCUGUUCGGGUGGGGCAACUCUGAGUACCGGCAGCUGUCCUCGGUCACGGAGGCCACGCAGAUCAACUCUCCUCGACGUCUUCCUCUGGAAGGCUGCGGACACGUGGUCCAGGCGGCGUGCGGCGGGACGCAGGUGGCCGUUCUCAACGAGAAAGGAGAGGUGUUUGUGUGGGGAUAUGGAAUUCUUGGAAAAGGCCCAAACCUGUCGGAGUCGUCGACCCCGGAGAAGAUUCCCCCCUCGCUGUUCGGACGCUCCGAGUUCAACCCCUCGGUCGCCGUCACCAGGAUCAGGUGCGGCCUCAACCACUUCGCUGCAGUGACGGAUCGAGGCGAGCUCUUCGUCUGGGGGAAGAAUGUGAGAGGCUGUUUGGGCAUCGGCAGCAGAGACGACCAGUACUUCCCGUGGAGAGUGACUGUGCCGGGGCAAGUGGUGGAUGUAGCAUGUGGCGUUGACCACAUGGUGGCGCUGGUGAAGUCCCUCCUGUGAGCUCGCCUCGUCCGUCCCCAGCGGUGGAUGAAAAGGUCGUCGCUCGUUUGGCCGGUCGCCUCAGGGAGCAGAAUCUGGAGCCAUGAAACCAGCUGCUCUCCACAGGCGACGCCCCCUCGCGUCCCUCGCGUCCCGCGGUGACGUCGGGCGGCGAGCGGAGCGUCACCGACGCGGUUCACCCCGUCCUGCUGCCCCGAAAAAAAGAAAGAGAAAAGAAAUGAAGAGGUGUUCGCUGGUCGCAGCUUCUUCGUUUUUACAAGAUCAAAACCUUGGAAGGUUGUCGGACAGAACGAGGCGUUUGAAGACGUCCGUUUCAUGGACUAAACUGCAGAUUAAACGACCAUGAACAAUAUUAUCUAUGUCAACAUAAUUUACAGCGAUCGGCGGCAACAUUAAAACAUUUAAGCAUCAUGUGAAAACAAAUGUAUUUAUAUAAAUAUACGGUUUUCCUGGAAGGGACUCCACGAGGCUCUAAUUCAAACUGGUUCAAUUACAGUGUAAUAUUAUUAUUAUAUAUUAUAUAUUAUUAUUAUAUUAUUCCUGGACGACAUAAAAAAAUCGCCUGAAAGUUCCGUCGUCUAAAACGCAUCAAGCUGCUGUAAUUUGAACAAGCUCAUUAUGUUCGUCAUUAUUCUUUUGGGGCCGUGAUUAAGAGACAUUUUGUGGUAUCGGUCGUUAUUCAGUGUUUUGCACUCUUAGUGCAAAGGCAGAAUCACUUUGCGUCUAAAGAGUAGAAUUUGACUUGUUCACAUUAAAAAUCCAGCCACUGCAAAUUCCAAAAGCACUUUUACCAAAUACCAACUCGUUGCUGUUACAUUGAGUCUUUUCAUCGGAGGCUUUGCGGCUCUGCUGAGCGGAAAUGCACAAUUUGUCCCACAGGCAAAGCAUCAACCCACAUGAAUAAUAAAUUAAUAUUUACCUUUGUG